CAAAGUUGAGGAUGCAAAAUCGAAUUUCCCUGAAAUUUGUGUUUUUUGCGGGUAGGGGCUUCGAAGCUCCUCAGAUCUAAUGAACCGAUCGAAGAAUCCGAAAUCGGACUGGCCAUUUGCCUUUCCUUAACUUUCUCGGGAAGCAAUAUAACGCUCGAGCCCUUGUCGUCGGGGAAGAAUCUUCCGAUCGACGCCUUUUCCGGUGAACGCGAUGAGUUACAAAAGGGACUCUCGUGCCUCUAGGGCCUCUCUUUUUGAUAAUUACAGUAAUAUCGAGGAAGGGCGUGGAAGCUCCUCUUCACGCUCCCAUGAAAUUAAUGAGCAUGACAAUGACAAAGCUGUGGACAGUUUGCAUGACAGAGUGACGUUCCUGAAGAGGUUAACUGGUGACAUACACAAUGAGGUGGAAAAUCAUAAUCAUCUCCUCGACAAAAUGGGAAAGAGCAUGGAUGCAUCAAGAGGUACCAUGUCUCGCACUGUAGAUCGUUUCAAAAAGGUUUUUGAUAAAAAAUCAAACCGGCAAGUAUGUAAACUUGCUGCAUAUUUUGUAGUCUUAUUCAUUUCAGUAUACUUCCUCAUCAAGUUCGUUGGAUACUUCAUGUGGAGAUAAAGGAGUGUUUAAAUGCUUGGCUGAUCUUGUACAUUGAGGGAUCCGUCUCUUGCAUGCUCUAUCAUGGGUGUAAGUCAUAUCCCGGAAUCAGAGUCUUUUGUGAAGCUAGUGAUCGUUGUGGAGGAAAUGCAGAGAGGCAUCUCCAAGGCCCCAUCAAAUACAGAAUUGCUUGCAUUGACCCCAGUAUUUUCAGGUUAAUGCAGUUCAUGCUGGAAUUCUGGCGUUCAUUCCAAAAGUUGUUCAAAUUCGUUAAAUGUCCUAGUUCACUGCAAUUUCGAAAGAGCAGCAUGAUUGAUCUGGUUUAUUGUUUGCAUAGAAAUGUUCAUCAAAUUUGUGUUUUUGGUUUGGAAUAUUAGGCUUUGUUUGGAUGGAGUUAACAGAACGAGAGAGUUUGGAGGAGUAAAACUCCCCCUCCGUAAGUCCCUCCAUCCGAGCAUGUGGUUUAAAGUUCAAUCCCAAAUUCUAUAAUUUGCUAGCAGUCUCAGAAUGGUCCUUGUAGUUAGAGUUGUCUUGAGGUUGCCUUCUGUAGUCUUUGAAGUUCUUUCAAUUUGGCUCAAACAGCUAACUGUUUAUAGGAGGAAUCAGCUCCCUAACGCGUUCAAGUGAUUUCAUGGGGAGAACAUAUUGGAGAAUUCUCUCUUACCUGAAAUUUUUUUAUUUUAUUUUCCGAUCAA